AUGGACGAUGACUUCGAUCCAUUCACCGACUUUGGGAAGCUUGUCCAGCAGACACAGCAGCCAGCCAGCUCGAAGAAACGGACAACCGAGGACGCAUUCGGAGGAGACAUCGAGUUUUCCUCGAGCAAAAGACAGAGCCGGGAGCCAAGCAACGCGGCAGAGACUCUGGUACAGCCAACCAAUAUCGAUACCAUCGGUCAAGCCUCCAUUGCAUCAAUCUCAUCCCAUACCCCUACGACAACACUCGAAACUCCCACUUCAACUACUACGGCCAAGGACCAGUUCGCCCUCAAGCCAGAAAGCCUGGCUCGCGUUGCUGCUGUCGCGGCGUUUACUCAAGCUAAGUCGAGUUCCAGGCACAUCUCGCCAUAUGCUCCGGUGGGGUACUAUCCAUCAGCACCUAAUCUACACUGCAUGAUCGGUGGAGGGCCAGACUCGAAUGAAUCUCUUCGCAGCCGCUUACACAGUUCCCGUCGUCGCCUCGACGUCGUCAUGGCUGAGCGUAACAAGUAUCGUGAUGCCUUGCUCAAGUACGAUCAGGUAGACCCCGCGACUGGCAUGCUGGGAAUUCAACAGCUAGAGGCAGAAGUUCAAAAGCUACGUCGCACGGCUUCGAACCAUCGAUAUCGGGUGGAUCACCUGAAGGCAGAAGGCGAGGACUGGAAAGCGAAAUACAUUGCCUUGGCGAACACGCACAAUUGCCUAAUUCGGGACUAUCAACAACUUCAGGCUACGACGCGUCUUCCACCACGCGCCUUGGAGGCACCAGCGGAGGCUGCCUUCACCUCACCUCAGGGAAAUCCUCAAGGCAUCUACGCCCAAUCGUCCCAGGCAUCUACUGACAUGUGCGCUGCCUACGUCCAAUCCCUCCCUGACCCCUCGGGUAUAAAGUCUUCUGUCAUCCCCCCAGCAUCACCCUUUUCCAUCCCUUCUCCAGCCCAAACCUUCGAAGCUCCCACCCCACACUGUGAUCACUCUCCUGGCUCGGAUACUCGUUCACCACCCACACUCUACGAAGACCACCACACACCGCUUCCACCACCUCAACUUGAGGAUCCGGCCACAGAUCUUCAACACAGUCGCUCCGAAGACCUUCCACCCAACUUCCUAACACCUCUUUCCGCCCAAUCUCCACCUGGUGAGCCGAAUACAAUGGCCACCAACUACGCCCACUCCACCUCCUCUGGCCGCGGCGGCUACGUCCCGCCAAUUCUCCCCGGGCAAGCGACCCGCCUCCUCCAAAACGCCGGCAUCGCCUUCUACAUGCCUACCACCACCGCCAACAUGCCGGCUCCUCGCCCCGUUGCGACCACCCACGCAACGGGUGCCACCAUCAACACCCUUGUCGACCUCACCGCCGCCACUCCUGUGGCUACCGUUUCCGCUCCGACUGUGCCUCCCAAGGACGUUGUGGUCAUCGACCUGACCAGCGACUCAGACACAGAUGUGAGCCCCCAAGGAUCCAAUACCCCAUCUCCAACCCCGCUGACAAAGGAACCUAGCCCGCUGGCCACGUUCCGCCUCCGCUUCCGCGAGAAGAAGCUGACCUGGCUCCAUGAGAGCAACAGUAGCGACGCGGAUCACGCUGUUGCAGAGCGUAUCUGCAAAAACCUCAACUCCAGCAAGCGCAAGCGAGACCGCGGCAAAGAAUUUGUCGCAACCAACUUCACCGAGUGUUACAGCCAUGUGCAAGCACAGAAGCACGUGCGCUGGGCCUUGGGGGGCCCGUUGACCCCACUCACCGGUGCGCCUUCUUCUUCCGCUGUCGUCGCCAAGGGUGGCACUCCUCCAUACAGCAUCACAGAUGACGAGUUCGCUCGCCAGCUGGAGGAGGCCAUGGCCCGCGGCAAGACUCCGGAGAAGGACGGUGUCGCCGCCAACACCACCACCUCGCCCCCCGAGGGUUCUUCCGCCUCUGUCGUUGAGGCCAAGGGUGAUACUUCUCCACCCUACCACAUCACUGACGACGAGUUCGUCCAGUUGAUGGAGGAGUCCCUCGCCCGCGGCAAAAACGCAGUGUAG